AUGAUUUAAACUCAAGCCCAUCUUCCACAGGAAUGGAUCGAUUUCUUAGAGUAGAUCAAAAACCUAGACCCAAUCGACGUAGAAACAGUAACUUAAUAUGUAAAAGUGCGGGUCAACCACUUUCCAACAGAUUAAUAAAUGACAGAAUACUACGAAGAAGUAUUUUCUAAAUCCACUAGCGAUGUAAACCGGAAAAAAUGGCAUUAACAAGACAAAAAUCUGCUUAUAUGGUGCAUGACCAAGCACUUAAUGUCAUAGAAUCGAUCUGAGCUCAUUCCUAAUGAGGAUGAUUGGGAGUUUGUAUCAAAAAUUCUGUGUGUAGAUAAAACUUUGGUCGAAUUAAAAUGGAUUUCUCUUCUCCAUUCCAAUUUGAAAAUUAGUCCCUGGUCGAAGGAAGAAGAUUAGAUACUGAUUGAAAUUGCAAAUGAUCAUUAUUAUAAAAACAAUUGGACUGAAUUGACUAUUAAAUUCAAUUCCAUAUCUUCUACACAGAGAUACCCCAAAUAGAUACGAGAACGCUGGAACAAUGUGCUCAAUCCCAACAUCUCAAGAUCAACCUGGACUAAGGAAGAAAAAAUUAAGCUACUUCAAUUGAUUUUGAACUAUGGUAAAAAAUGGUCCAAAAUCUAAGUUGAGUUAAAUGGAAGAAGCGAAAAUUAAAUUAAAAAUUAAUACAAUGGAAUUAUUAGAAAUUUAAAAAGAUUUAAUGUCUAAGAAAGUGAGGAAAGGUUGCUGAUCAAAGCAAUAAUUGAAAAUCCAGAUCAGAAAUUAAGUUUGACAGUUACACAAUUCAUGUCAGACUUCCUAGCCAAGAAAGACUCAUCAAAAAGCAUUGAACCUACUCAAAUCAAUCAAAUCACUGAAUCUUAAACUCAAAAGAAACCCUGUGUUGACCCGUCUCCAUUGGAAUCGGGGAUCACUGCCACAAAUAUCUUAUUAUAAGAAAAGUUGAAUUAAUGUAAAGAGGUGCAAUAACAGAUGAUGCAAACAUCCAUUUAAUAAAAUUAAUAUAUUUCAACUCCCUAAUAAUAACCAUAUUAAUCAAUGCCAAUAGUUUAGAACCAGUAUUUUUACAAUAAUGCCACUUAUCCAAAUUAUUACCCAAAUUAUCAUUAAUAAAAUUAACAAUAUAUAAACUACCCUAACUACAAUUAAGUGCAAUCGUUAAUGCCAUACUAGUAAUAUCAUUAUGCCUAUUUUUGA